AUUCUCCAUACUUUUUAUUUAUGUGUAGUUGAAUUUAUAAAUUUAUAUUAAAAAUUUGAUGGAUUAUAUACAUAAUCUUUUCAGUCAUACAUAUUCAAUCGCAUUAAUACAUUUCAAUGUUACAGUACAUAAGAAGCUUUUCUUUGAAUAAACAAUGUUACUCUUGUUAAAAAAUUAAUUUUUAAUUACUAUUUUAAAUAUUAAUUAUAUAUUUAACGAAGUAACAACUUUUUAAAGUAAAUCAGUAAUAAUGUUUUCUAUGGUCGUAAAAGCGGGUCGCUUUUAUAGCAUUCUCGUGAUCAUAGCACUCACCGCGAAAACUGCUACGUAGACAAAACAGAUUGUUAAGCAUGAAUAAAAGUUGUUUUUUUAACUAAGCUGUAGCAUUAGAGAGAACUAAACUAUUUUAGAAAAUACUAAGUAGUCGAUUGGUUGAUUACAAAUUCUAAUAUAAAAAUACCAAAUCGAUGAGGCGAAUACCUAUAUUUAUUAACAAAAAUACAUCUUAAAAAAUGGAAGAAAGUUCGGUUUUGUGGAUGCUUUCACUUGUAAUGUUAAUUGGUUCUUGCAUAGCUGGAUCCUUACCAUUAGUUAUAAAUUUAUCUGAGGAUAAAUUACAACUGGUUUCGAUACUCGGUGCCGGACUUCUUGUAGGCACUGCACUAGCCGUUAUUAUACCUGAAGGUAUAAGAGCAUUGUUUACUGGAGGAAGCAACAAUGACCAAGGAUUUCAUAAUGAUCCUCACUCCUUAAUAGGUAUUAGUUUAAUACUUGGUUUUGUAUUUAUGCUUCUGGUUGAUCAGUGUUCAGCUAGAAGAAGCGGUGGAAGAGAAAAAAGUGUUACUGCUACUAUAGGUCUUGUAGUUCAUGCAGCAGCAGAUGGAGUAGCGUUAGGAGCUGCUGCAACAACGUCACAAGCUGACGUAGAAUUGAUUGUUUUCUUAGCAAUAAUGUUGCAUAAGGCACCUGCUGCAUUUGGUCUUGUAUCAUUUUUACUUCAUGAAGGAGUAGAUAGAAAAAGAAUAGGUAGACAUCUUCUAGUAUUUUCUUUUGCUGCGCCUUGUCUUGCUCUUCUAACAUAUUUUGGUAUUGGGAAGGAGGGAAAAGAAACACUUAGCAAUGUUAAUGCCACUGGCUUGGCAAUGUUGUUUAGUGCAGGUACAUUCCUAUAUGUUGCAACUGUACAUGUAUUACCAGAAUUAAUGACAAGAAAUAACAGCAGUUAUGCGCAUCUACCCACUGCUGAAAAUAUUACAGUGUCUUCUGGACUUAAAGUUAAGGAAAUACUAGUUUUAGUGACAGGCUCAUUUUUACCUGCAUUAAUUACUACGGGUCACCACCAUUGAUAAUAUGUCAUAUAAAAAUACAUCUGUUUUCUCAUUAUAUGUAAUAUAAAAUGACCCUUUGAUUAUAAAGUAUAAUUUUUUAAUGCAUUCCAUGAUUUUUGUAUAAAAUCAUGAAGUGACACCUAGAUGUUUUUUGGUUUAAACAUCUGUUUUGGAAGAUAUAUACUUUCAUGUAUUGUACAUAAUUGUAGAAAGAGCAUAUCAUAAUUACUACAUACAUUUGUAUAAAUUCGAGGAGAAUGGAAUAGGAUACAAAAUUGUGUAACAUACUGGGAACGUUUUGAGUAAGGUUUCAUUUUACAAUGAAAUUUCCGAAUUAUUAUUUAUUAGUAAAUGAAAUUUUUGAUACAUACAAUAAAUUAAAUAUCUUUCUUCGCACGGUGUUCCAUUAUUUUAGUCAGUAUUAUAUUGUUUAGAACAUUUCUUAAGAAGAUAUAUCUCACGUUGUAAUUUAGCAAUACCUAUUAAUCAACUCAUUUUUAUUGAUUUUUAUAUCUUAUAAAACUGGAUCUGAAUAAAAGCUACUCUGUAUGGUGGCAAAAACAUUUUUAUAAAAAGCGUCUGAUGUGUAUUAUAAAUUCGGCUGAAAUAAUUAUUUACAUUGUCCAUACAUUAUAUUUUUUUGACCAAUUUUCAAUAAAAAUCAUUUUAUACACUUA